ACGAUAGUGUCCUUUGAUUCACCUGUUUAUUCGAUUAUAUUUGGCAGUUAUGCCACAGGCUGGCUUGAUUGCUAACGUGCAUACACUUUCAUAUUCGGAAAACGCUACCCGCCCCCGCUUGUACAAGGAUGAACAUAAUUUGACCUUGCCUCAGGUCUGCGAACGCUAUACUACUAGCGUCGAUGAGACCAAACCAAGAAAUUCCCAGGGUCUCAGCAACGAUACAGUGGUGAAGAGACUCGAAGAGUUUGGACCAAAUGUGCUCUCUCCACCCAAGAAAAAGCACCCAAUAAUCCGCUACUUGGAGAUGUUGGCAGGACUGUUCAAUGUGAUGCUCAUUGUUGCUGGCGUUGCAACCUACGUUCUAUACAUCAUCGAUCCGAUCGACAAUGCCCCCAACGUUUAUCUUGGUGGAAUUUUGAUUGGCGUCGCUUUCAUCAAUGCUGCCAUUGAGUUUUAUCAGCAUCAAAAGAGUGCCGCAAUCCUGGAAUCGUUUUUAAAUAUGAUUCCAUCAAAGUGCAAUGCAAUGCGAGCCGGUCAAAUCGUGAACAUCCCGGCCGCAGAUCUUGUUCCUGGCGACGUAGUAUUUGUUCGCAUGGGCGACAAGAUUCCAGCAGAUGUCAGAAUGUUCUGGGUCCUGGAUUUGAAGGUUGACAACUCAUCGCUUACCGGCGAGUCCGAUCCGCAAGAGCGAAAGACAACAAACACACACAGCAACCCGCUGGAAGCAACCAACUUGAUUUUCAACGGCUCGAUGGCUGUGGCCGGUGAAGGCUUUGGUAUCGUUAUACGAACUGGCGACAAUACGGUGCUUGGUCAGAUUGCCAACCUCACAUCCAACGAAAAGAAACGGCGAUCUCCUCUAUCCGAAGAAAUCGACAUCUUUGUCAAGAUCAUCACAGUCUUUGCUAUAACCACGGCCGUCAUUUUCUUCAUCGUCGGGUGUGUGGAGGGCGGUGUCAACUUUGGUCUCAACUCGGGAAUCGGAACCUUGGUCGCUUGGGUCCCUGAGGGCCUCUAUGCGACAAUCUCAAUGCUUCUUACAAUCGCUGCGAAACGAAUGGCUGAUAAAAAUGCACUCGUCAAGGACUUGCAAGGAGUCGAAACAUUGGGCGCCAUCACCCUUCUGGCAACCGACAAGACUGGAACGCUCACCCGAAACCAGAUGACGGUGACAAACCUAUGGACCAACUCGACGCUCUUUAACGUUGCAACCACCUCGGACGGACUGGACGAGACUGAGGUCUGCUUAGACGAAAAAGCCAGUGGUGUUCUCGAGAUCGCCCAGAUAUCGGCCAUGUGUACCAGAGCACGCUUCAACCGAACCGACCUGCCCAUCCCCAAGCGCGAAAUCAGUGGCGACGCCACCGAAUCUGGCCUUUUGCGCUUUUCGGCGGCAAAACUCCCCAAUAUUGACACUAUUCUGGAUGAAUAUCCAAAAGUCUGCGAACUUCCUUUCAACUCAGAGACCAAAUGGCAUUUAUCCAUCAACGAAAAGCCCCAUCCCCAAGGUAUAUUCACGAUCAUGAUGAAGGGUGCUCCAGAGCGAGUACUGCGAGUAUGCUCUACGAUUCUCGUCGGCGGACAAGCGAUUGAACUAACAGAAGACCACAGAAAGGCCUUUGAUCAAUCAUACGAAUAUAUGGCUGGAAAGGGCCAUCGUGUGCUCGCGUUUGCGCAACUCACUCUGUCUGAGAGCCAGUAUCCAAAGGGGUUUUCAUUCGACAAGGAAAAGAAGAACUUCCCGACUGAUGGACUGACUUUUGUCGGGCUAGUGAGCUUGGAAGAUCCUCCCAAACAUGGAGUCCGCGAGGCGAUCGGAAAAUGCCGCAUGGCUGGCGUAAAAGUCAUGAUGGUUACCGGAGACCAUCCACUUACAGCCGAGGCCAUUGGACGAAAAAUCAACUUAAUGCUCGGUGAAACCAAGGAGCGCGUUGCAAAACGUACAGGACGGCCAGUCAAAUCUAUCGCCCCAGAAGAAUACAACGCAAUUGUCAUUCAUGGAGAGCAGAUCUCGGAGCUUACAGACGCAGAUUGGGAUAAUAUCUUUCAGAAGGACGAAAUUAUUUUCGCGCGCACCUCACCCAAAAACAAGCUUGAAAUUGUAAAGAGAGCUCAGGCUCUUGGACAUAUUGUUGGAGUCACGGGAGACGGCGUGAACGACUCUCCUGCGCUCAAGAAAGCCGAUCUGGGAAUUGCGAUGAAUCUCUCUGGGUCAGAUGUCUCAAAAGAAGCUGCCGCCAUGAUUCUUUUGGACGACAACUUUGCGUCUACUGUUGCAGGAAUUGCAGAAGGGCGGUUGAUUUUUGCCAACCUGAAGAAGAGCAUCCAGUACACAGUUACGCACAUCAUUCCCGAAGUUAUUCCUUUCCUCCUGUCGGUUGUGGUUCCACUGCCUGCGGCCAUCAGCUCGAUUCAAAUCUUGUUUGUCGAUCUUGGAUUUGAGCUCUUUGCAUCGCUUUCAUAUGCCUGGGAGCCGCCAGAGGGUACCGAAGGUGGGCUGAUGCUGAUGCCGCCUAGAAAGCCUGUCACUGUGGGAUCCGUGGAGCGCUUGCGCCGCAACAUCAGGGAGCUUCAGCAGGCCAAGUUAGUGGAGCCUGUUGAUCCCGCAAACCCUAUGGCCGAGCAACGUGUUAUAUCGAAGGGUGGUAUGGCUCUUUACAAAAUCAAGUCGGUAUUCAACGGAAAGUGGCUUCGGGAUAUGAACGAGGACGAAGGGGAAAUCCUGGUCGACGGAGAAGCCCUCUCAUGGGCGUACAUUGAAGCUGGUUUUAUCGAAACCAUCGCAGCUCUUGUGGGAUUCUUCUUGGUCAUGAACGAGGCUGGAGUUACUCCUGCCGACCUUCGUAAUUCCGCCGUAGCCAACAACGGGUACUUCAACAAUAACAACUCUCCGCCAUACACUUUGCUGAAUGGGGUCACCUUGACCGGUAGCCAGCAAUAUGAGAUCAUCAGAAGAGGCCAGUCAAUGUACUAUGCUGCGGUUCUCAUUACCCAAGUCUUCAAUCUAUUUGCCUGCAAAGCAAAGCUGAAGCUUCCAUUUGGGAUGCAUAUGCUCAAAAACACAUCGACAUGGUGGUGUGUUCUAGGCGCGCUCGCUGUUGGAGCCAUUGUUGUCUAUGUUCCACCCCUCAACAUCUUUAUGAACAGCUCCUACCUUCUCAACCCAAAGUGGCUUCUGGUAGCUGUUGGAUUUGGAAUCUACCUGUUUCUCUAUUCUGCACUUCGAAGAUACAUCCUGCAGAAGCUGAAGCCAGUCAAGUAUACACGCGAGAUCCAGGGAUUGAUGAUGUUCCCAACCCGCCUGUCGACGGGCGCGCGCACCCGAACCCAUUAAGAGCCUGGAUCUUGUGUCAGGGUCGGAUGGCUUGGAACGAAAGACACAUUCGAGGCGCUAUGGCAAGCCUUGGCCCUGUCUUCUGGUGUCUCGGAUCCGUCGCGGUAUUAUCUUGAGAAUCGCCAUUAUCCCGAGAACCGCCAUUAUCCCGAGAAUCGCCAUUAUCUUGACGGACACAUUCCUUCUUCAUGGACACGUCUUAUCUCAUGCCAUUUGACAGCACAUUCAUCAUCUGCAGACCACACCACUUUACAGCGCAUUCAUCCUCCACAUCUGCACGCUCUUCGUUUUCUUGGCUGGCACGCAUUUGCGAGCAUUCCAGCACCAGCUUCGCAAACACCUGCCGCAUCUUCGGCUCAAUUUGACGACACCUGCUGCAUCUUCAGUUCAUUUUGAUCUUGUUCGCUCUUUUCUGUUGGUUGGUUUCCUCACGUUCAUCUCGAGCACAAUGGGUGCAGAGGAUCAAUAUGCAGUUCUAGAUAUGCCAUG